AUGUCCCACCCUAUCAACAAAUUCCAACCAUUCCCCAACUUCUACGUCUACCGACCAGGUUACAUGGUAGUUCCUCUGAUUCCCCUUGACGAGCUACCUUCCUGGAUCCAAGUCGGCGAUUUCGACUGGGGCGAUAGCUCGCUCUACGAGACUAUGCUUCCCGCUAGCUUUAACUGUUUCCCAAGAAUAGGUGAAUACGACAUUAUAUGCCAUCAUUGCUACAAAAACGUCGACAGCUACCAUCGCAGCGUGUCUGAGCGGAGUGAUAGCAAUGCCUCUUCUCGUGCCUCCGAUCUUCCCAAGGGGCUUGCUGCUCAAUUGCCUGCGAAUUCUAUCUUGUUGGAUCCAUCUUUUAAGCUUGAGCAGCCGCCGUUUGGGGCAAGCUUGAAUGUUAGUCCGUUUGUUGGACUGUGCUUCUCUUCUCGGAAAAGACUGUGUGAGCUCUUGUGCCCAUGUCUUCGGUGUACUCAGAACGGCCAGGAUCAGCAGAACGGCCAGGAUCAGCAGAAUGACCAGAACCAGGAGAAUGACCAGAACCAGGAGAAUGAACACUCUGAACACUCUGAGCAUGAGGAUCAGUCUGGACAUGAGGAACAAUCUGAGCAUGGUGAUCAGUCUGAACAUGAGGAACAAUCUGAGCAUGGUGAUCAGUCUGGACAUGAGGAACAAUCUGAGCAUGGUGAUCAGUCUGAACAUGAGGAACAAUCUGAGCAUGGUGAUCAGUCUGGACAUGAGGAACAAUCUGAGCAUGAGGAUCAGUCUGGACAUGAGGAACAAUCUGAGCAUGAGGAUCAGUCUGAGCAUGAGGAUCAGUCUGAGCAUGAGGAUCAGUCUGGACAUGAGGAACAAUCUGAGCAUGAGGAUCAGUCUGAGCAUGAGGAUCAGUCUGGACAUGAGGAACAAUCUGAGCAUGAGGAUCAGUCUGAGCAUGGUGAUCAGUCUGAACAUGAGGAACAAUCUGAGCAUGAGGAUCAGCCUGAACAUGAGGAACAACAUCCCCCAUCUCAUCAGAAUACGCCUGCAGAUCCUCCAGGGCAUCCUGCGAAUACUCCUGAAAAUCCUCUUGUCAAUAAUCCUGCGGAUUCCCCUAACUCUCCUGCAAACCCGCCUCUGAAUUCGCCUCCAGAGUUUCCGGAUCAUUCGAACCCUUCUCUGCCAGGAGAAGAGGGAAUUCCUCUAGUGAUUAUGUCUCAUUCGGACCAAGGACAUCGGGCAAGCCAAGCGUCUCAGGCAGCACAGGCGGCUCAGGCAUUCCAGGAGAACGGGACUCGUCGGACGCGCUGGGAUAUGCGGGACUCUAUAAGAGCGGAAGCAAGAGAUCGGUCCGCAUCGGAAACCGCAAUCACUGAGUCAUCUUCCAUUCACGCCGUACCAAUUACCGGGACAGAGCCUCCAGCUGAGGCAGAACAGGAAGGAGAAGCACCUCCCCGGAAUCAUGUAAACGGAGUCACCCCUGUAGAUACGCCAGGCUAUGCAGCUUCUGCAUCUACAUCUGUUGAACAUACUCAACCUCAGACGAAUGGAGGAAGUGAAGCUGCGACUUCAGGAGGCAGUGGAAACGGCUCCUUUGGGAGGAGGCGUGCGCGACAUCGAGAUAGACUGAAUCGCCGGGGUCAGUUGUUCGAAGACGACAUGUCUGCCCCAGAAACGGGAAUUGAUCGUAUUGAUUCUGUUGUUGUAGGGCUGUCAGGAAUCCUUGUUGAAACAGAUGUGAGGGAGGAUACCGAGACUGUGGACGCUGAGACUGUGGACGCUGGGACUGUGGACGCUGGCACAGAGGACGCUGAGACAGAUGCCGAGGCAUAG